AUGGAUAUAGCAGAGGCCUAUCUGGAAAUCAUGCAGCGAGCUUGGUCCGAAAAACCGGAUCACAGACCGACGUUCGACGAAAUGAACGAGCACUUGAAGCUCAUGACCAUGGGAAAGUACGUCCUAAACUAUCUGCCAUUUUCUUCUUCUCACCAUAGGAAAACGAACAUUGUCGACCACAUGUUUAAAAUGAUGGAGACGUACUCGACAGAACUGGAGGAACAAGUCAGUGCACGUACUGCAGAGCUGGAGUCGGAGAAACGCAAAAAGGAAUAUCUCAUAGCUCGACUCCUUCCACCGUAA